CUUCAGUCCCUGAAUCAUCCUUGUUGCCCUGCUCUGCACCCUUUAUAACUUUUCUGCAUCUCUUUAAAGCUUAAGUGCCCAGAACUGGACACAAUACUCCAGGUGAGGUCUGACUAGUGUAGAGAAUAGUGGAACUUCUACUUCACAUGCAUACAAUUAUAUUGCCUAUCUAUCUAAAUGAUCAGUAAUUACAAUGGGAACAGCUGAUGCUUGUGCUGAACUUCUCCAUUGCCCAACCUCAUUAUAAUACACAAAAGGUUUGCAUUGUUAGACAAAAUUAUUUUGACUGUAUUCUCUGCAGGUUAACAUAUUCAAGUAAAAAUUGUUCUAAUAAUGUAUCUUUGUUUAUUACAUAGAUGAUAGGCUGCAGAGUCUUGGCAUUUCUGUUAACCCUGGCUGUCCUGACACCAGAAGGAAAAGAAGUUGCUCAGUCUUCUGUGCACUGUAGCUUUUUUGGAGAUGGCCAUAUUAAAACAUUUGAUGAAUCUUUGUAUGACUUUGCUGGUGACUGCAGUUACCUGCUUGCUGGAGAUUGUCACAAGAGAUCCUUCUCACUCUUGGGUGACUACCAGAAUGGAAAAAUAAAUGGUCUUUCUGUAUACCUUGGGGGAUAUUUUGAUGUUCAUUUAUUUUUCAACGGCACUGUGACUCAGGGUGACAAAAGAAUUUCAAUACCAUAUGCCUUCAAUGGAGUCUUUAUAGAAAUUGAGAUGGGCUAUUUUAAAUUAUCAAGUGAAGAGCAUGGCUUUGUGGCAAAGGUUGACAUCAGUGGGAACAUUCAUUUAAUCCUUGCAGACAAGCACUAUAAUAAGACCUGCGGACUGUGUGGCAAUUUCAAUAACUUUGCUGAAGAUGAUUUCAUGACCCAGGAAGGGACCCUGGAAGCAAACAGCUACAGUUUUGCUAAUUCCUGGUCCAUGAGCAGUGAAGAGCGGAGAUGCCAGAGAGCAUCCCCACCAAGCCACACCUGCAGCAUUUCAUCAGAAAGUACAUAUAAGGAUGUCAUAGAAAAUUGCCAGCUGCUAAGGACAUCCAACAUAUUUUCCAAGUGUCAUCAUCUGGUUGAUCCAGAACAAUUCAUUAGCCUCUGUGAAGAAGACAUGUGCAGAUGUGCUCAAGAGAGGAACUGCCCCUGUCCAGUUUUUCUAGAGUAUGCCAGAAACUGUGCUCAACAUGGUGUGACUCUGGAAGGAUGGCCUGCCAGCAGUGAAUGCAGUCCAAGAUGUCCAACUGGCUUGGAGUAUAAAGUGUGCACAUCUCCUUGUGCCAAAACCUGCCAGAGCUUGCAUAUCAAUGAAGUGUGUCAAGAAAAAUGUGUUGAUGGCUGCAGCUGCCCUGAGGGCAAGUUACUAGAUGGUGACCUUUGUGUUGAAAGUGCUGACUGCUCCUGUAUAAAUUCUGGCAAGCGAUACCCUCCUGGCUUUUCCAUCCAGCAGGACUGCAACUCAUGUAUUUGCAGGCAUGGCAUCUGGAUCUGUAGCAAUGAACCUUGUCCAGGUGAAUGCUCUGUUACUGGCCAAUCCCAUUUCAAAAGCUUUGACAACAAACAUUUCACCUUCACUGGCAUCUGCCAUUACUUGUUUGCUCGAGAUUGUGAGAACAACUCCUUUUCUGUCUUCAUAGAGACUGUCCAAUGUGCUGAUGAACCUGAUGCAGUGUGUACCCAUUCAGUCUCUGUCCAGCUCCAGGAAGAGAACAGCAUUAUUAAACUGAAAUAUGGCGGUGGAAUCUCUUUGAAUGGACAGGACAUACAGAUUCCUUUUAUGCAAGGGUCUCUCCAUAUCCAGCACACUGUGAUGUCAGCAAUUCGGCUCAGCUAUAGGGAGAACAUGCAGAUUGACUGGGAUGGGCAUGGAACACUUGUGAUGAAGUUAUCGCCAGAAUAUACUGAGCAAACUUGUGGUCUGUGUGGUAACUACGAUGGCAAUCAAGGAGAUGAUUUUCUUACACCCUCUGGCCUGGUGGAAACCCUUGUUGAAGACUUUGGAAAUUCCUGGAAGCUCAAGGGAGAUUGUCAAGAUUUGCAGAAACAAGAUAGCAAUUCUUGUAAUAGUAAUCCUCGCUUAGCCAAGUAUGCUGAAGUCUCGUGUGCUGUUCUCUUAUCUCCGUUAUUUGAGCCUUGCCAUCACAAAGUCAGUCCUUCUCCAUACCUGAAGAAUUGCCGCUAUGAUGUCUGUUCCUGUUCUGAUGGCAAAGACUGCUUGUGUUCUGCUGUCUCUGCCUACGCCAUGGCUUGUGCCCGUGCAGGGGUUCUCCUCAACUGGCGGCAGCCAGAUUUUUGUGCUUUGAACUGUCCAAAAGGUCAGAUUUACCAGCAGUGUGGAAGUCCAUGCAACCAGACUUGCCGGUCCCUAUCCUACCCAGACACAGAAUGCAAUGAAUUUUGUAUGGAAGGUUGUUAUUGCCCUACUGGAUUAUACCUUGAUGAACAUGGAGACUGUCUGCCAAAGUUGCAGUGCUCUUGUUACUAUGAUGGUGAGAUCUUCCAGCCAGAUGAUCUCUUCUCAGAUCAUCACAUCACGUGCUAUUGUGAAAAUGGGUUCAUGCACUGCAGCUCAAACAGAAUUCCGGGGGCUGCCUUACCAGAUAUGUUCUUUGACCAUCAUCCUUCUGCCAGAGCAAAGCGAAGCUUAGCCUGCAGGCAUCCAAUGACCAAGUUUGUAUGUCCUCCAAAUGAUCCAAGAGCUAGAGGAGUAGAAUGUAUGAAGACCUGUCAGACAUAUGAGUUAGGCUGUGUCAGCCAUGGAUGUGUGUCUGGCUGUCUCUGCCCCACUGGAUGGGUACGACAUGGUAACAAAUGCACUGUACCUGAAAAAUGCCCCUGUUUUUACAAUGGUCAAGAGUAUGCUCCAGGAGAGUCCUUGACAAAAGACUGCAACAUUUGUGUCUGCCGUGCUCGAAAAUGGGAAUGCACAGAAAAUGUCUGUGAUGGUACCUGCUCGGUCAUUGGCAAAGCCCAUUACCUGACCUUUGAUGGGUUGAAAUACAGAUUUCCAGGCAACUGUCAGUAUGUGCUAGUUCAGGAUUAUUGUGAUGACAAUGAUGGUGAAUUGGGAACCUUUCGGAUACUCAUUGCCAAUGAGGGAUGCAGCUACACUGGAGAGAUGUGCACUAAAAGGAUUACUGUUCUGUUUGAUACUGGAGAGAUUGAGCUGUACAAUGGAGAUAUUCAUCCCGUGAUUUCCUACACUCUAAACGUCUCCCAACCCGCUUCAUCGCCCAUAAUUCAGGUGGAUCCUGAACCAUAUGUGGAUAUCUGCAUCUAUGAUACCUGUAGCUGUGAAUCCAUCGGGGACUGUGCCUGCUUCUGUGAUGCCAUAGCCAGUUAUGCUCAUGCUUGUGCACAGAAAGGAGCAGUAGUUCAUUGGAGGUCACCUGCUUUAUGCUCGCAAAGCUGUGAGCACAUGAACAAAGAUGAAGAAGGACAUCGGUGUGAAUGGAGAUACAACAUUUGUGGCCCUGCCUGUCCAAAGACAUGCCAGCACUUGGAUCCAGUGGUCUGCCCUGUGAAGUGUGUUGAAGGAUGCCAUGCACACUGUCCUGAAGGGAAAAUACUUGAUGAGCUUUCUGAGUCUUGCGUUGAUCUUGAAGAAUGUCCAAUUUGUGAAGUAAGUGGUCACAGGAUUUCCCAUGGGAAGAAGAUAAUUUUGAAUGCUGAAAAUCCACAACUCUGCCAAUCCUGCCAUUGUGAAGGACAAAAUUUGACAUGUCAAGCAUGUGAGUUUGACAAAAUCAUGAUAACCACAACUGUUUCUCCAGAAGAUGAGGUGACACAUGAAUAUUCUUGCAGCAAAAUGAUGGAUCUUGCCAUGUUGAUGGAUGGUUCCAGUAAACUUUCUGAGAAUGAUUUUGAGCAGUUGAAAGCAUUCAUAAUUGGCAUGAUAGAAAAACUCCACAUUUCUCAAAAACGAAUUCGCCUGUCGAUAUUAGAAUACCGCACUGGUUCACACAUUUAUCUUGGCCUCAAAGAUAUUAAAAAGCCAUCACAAAUGAGAAGCAUUGUCCAAAAUAUAAAAUACCCUGGUGGAGAUGUUGCCUCUGCAACUGAAGUACUUAAAUAUGUUGUGUUCCAUGUGUUUGGGAAGGCUCCACGGACUAAUGCUGCCAGAAUUGCUGUAUUAUUUACAGCUAGCAAGGAUCCAAAGAGAAUUCAAACUAUCUUUCCACUUUUGAGAAAGAAGAAAAUCACUGUAAUACCAGUUGGACUUGGACCACACAUAAGCACUGAACAAAUUGAACUAAUUGAAAAUCAGUCACCUGAGAAUAAGGCUUUCAUAAUGAACAGUGUGCUCCAGUUAAGAGAACAUAGAGAUGAAAUAAUUAAUUACUUCUGUGGUCUUGUGCCUGAAGUAAGUGCUUUAUUAAGUGCAACAAAAACCCCUACUGCAACUCUUCCAAGUAUCCCUCCUGUAUUAACAAAAGCAUUCCCAACUGAACAUUUUAUUCACAAGACCAUUGAUAUUAUUUUUUUAAUUGAAGGAUCUGCCAAAAUUGGCAAGGAAAAUUUCAACUUGAUCAAAGAAUUUAUUGCCCGCACAAUCAGAGCAAUGGAUAUAGGAAAAGAAACUAUUCAUGUUACAAUUAUACAGUACUCAUUCACAACCACUGUGGAGUAUUCCUUCAAUGGCAACCAGUCAAAAGAAGUUCUGAUUAAGAGGGUACAGGAAAUUGAAUAUCAUGGAGGGAAUGCUACUAACACUGGAAAAGCUCUCAAUUUUGUCUCUGAACAUACAUUUACCACAAGUAGUAGGGGAAGAGGGCAAGUGCCACAUUUUGUGUACAUGGUGACUGCAAACCCUGCCACAGAUACUAUCACUCGCCAACCUUCUGAUAUUAAUGUUAUUCCAAUUGGCAUAGCACCUAAUGCAAAUAUUGAAGAACUCAAUAUUUUAAGCCAGCCACGUGCUCCAAUCAUCCUGAAAGGGUAUAACAAACUCAUCCAAGAAGGACCUGACUUGGUACUAAAAACCUGUUGCUUAAGGGAAGGAACGUGCAAUAAGCCAAUGGAUGUAAUAUUUCUUCUGGAUGGAACCACAAAUGUUAAUGAAUUGCAAUUUGAGGAAAUGAAGCAGUUUGUGAAAGCAUUUAUUGAGCACACUGAUGUAGGCCCUACUACAACUCAACUAGCAGUGCUUCAGUAUGGAAAAGUGAGUACUUUGGAAAUUUCAUGGAAUGUACCCCAACAGAAAGCAUAUCUUUUGUCUGCAGUGAACUCAAUUCAUCAAAGAGAGAAAGGUCCCAGCAAACUAGGGGAAGCAAUAGACUUCACAGUUCAGCAUGCCGUUUCUGAAUUCAAUGGAGGAAGGCCCAAUGUAUCUAAAAUAUCAGUGAUUGUUAUAUCAGACAGAUCACAAGAUUCUGUGGAUAAUGCUGCAUAUUUUGCAAGAGCAAAUAGGAUAUCUUUGCUUCCUAUUGGAGUUGGAGACAGAUAUGAGAUAGAGCAACUGAACACUUUAGCUGGGCCAUCUGGCACUAACAAGAUCAUUACACUGCAACAGUUUGAUGACCUUCCCACUAUGGUCACAUUGGGUGAUGAAUUUGUCAAGAAGCUUUGUACAGGUAAGCUUCAUAACCCUUCAGAAAAACAAGCAAAAAACAAAACAAAACCACCCAACACCCCCAACCCAUGUCCAUGCAUGUGCAUGGGAAGCUCAUCCAGUCAUAUUGUCACCUUUGAUGGACUGGACUUUAAACUCACAGGCAAUUGCUCCUACACACUGUUUGAAGACAAAGAACAUGACAUUACGCUGGUUCUUCAUAAUGGGCCAUGCAGUUCAUCUUUGAGACUCAAUUGCAUGAAUAUCAUUGAGGUUGCACACAAGGGUUCAUCUAUGCAACUCUACAGCAACAUGACGGUUGCUGUGAAUGGUGAAACAAUAGCUGUUCCUUAUAUUGAUGACCAUGUUGCAGUUAAUGUCUAUGGAGCAAUCAUGCAUGAAAUCAAGUUCACUCAUCUGGGACAUAUCCUCUCCUUCACUCCAAGCAGCAACGAGUUUACUUUUCAACUUAGCCCAAGCAGUUUUGCUUCUAAAACAUACGGCCUUUGUGGUGUUUGUGAUCAAAACAGUGGGAAUGACUUGAUAUUAAAGGAUGGGUUCAUUACAGCUGACAGCAGCAUCUUCAUUCAAGAAUGGACAGUUAAGCAACCAGGGAAGGUCUGUGAGGUGAAUCGAGCUGAGAGAUGUGUUGAGCAUGCCACUACCAAGUGCAGCAUUUUGCUGUCUCCUCAGUUUUAUGCUUGCCACCAAAUCAUUCCUCCAAACAUGUUUUAUGCAGCAUGUGAAGAAAACAACUGCUAUGGGGAUGAAGUAUGUGAGAUUAUAUCAGCCUAUGUCCACAUUUGCAGAACUUAUGGCAUCUGUGUGGACUGGAGAUCUCCAGACUUCUGUGCUAUGAAAUGUCCAGAGCCAUUGCUAUAUGAGCACUGUCAAGAAGGAUGCACAAAACACUGUGAGAAUGGCACCAGCACAGAAAUCUGCACAGAUUAUCCUAUUGAAGGGUGCUUCUGUCCACCAGAACAAGUGAUCUUAAAUGCCAGCUGCGUCCACGAAAAGGCCUGCACACAGUGUGUAAGUGAAGAUGGGACACAACACCAGCACUUGGAAACAUGGAUUUCUUCUAAUGAACCCUGCAAGAUCUGCAUGUGCCUAGACAAUAGGAACAUAAACUGCACUGUUCAGCCUUGUCCAGCUGCUAAAUCUCCUGUUUGUGGUCCCUGUGAAAUUCCAAGAUUACGUAGGGAUCCUGGUCAGUGCUGUCCAGUUUAUGAAUGUGUUUGUGAUCUGGUCACAUGUAAACUGCCUCCUGCACCUCAUUGUGAAGAUGGUCUCCAGCUUUUGCAGACAAAUCCUGGAAAAUGCAGACCAGAUUACACUUGUGUCUGCAAAAAGGAGGAAUGCAACCCACCGUCCAUUCCUUCCUGCCCACCACACAGGAAGCUUACUGUGAGGAAGACUCAGUGCUGUGAUGAAUAUCAGUGCACUUGCAGCUGUGUCAAUUCAACAGUGGCCUGCCCUACUGGACAUUUAUCAACAUCUGUCACUAAUGACUGUGAUUGCACAUCGACUACUUGCAUUCCAGACAAGGUUUGUGUCCAUGAAAAUGUUGUCUAUCCUACUGGGAAAACUUGGAAAGAAGGCUGUUCAGAGUGCUCCUGCACAGACAUGGAAGAUGCUGUUACGGGACUUCGAAUCAUAGAAUGUCUUGAGAAAGAAUGCAAUAAGAUUUGUCCACCGGGAUAUCAAUACAUUAGCAAAGAAAGGUCAUGCUGUGGGAAGUGUAUGAAGACUAUGUGUGAAGAGACAACACUUCACUUUCGGGGAGAUGGAGAUGUUGUCCGUUGGCAUGAAGUUGGCUCUGAGUGGCAAUCUCCCUCAAACCCAUGCAUCAUCAGAGAAUGCGUCCAGGUGAAUGAGGAAGUCUUUAUUCAGACAAAGAAUGUCUCAUGCACAAAGAUGGAGACUCCAAGUUGUCCAUUUGGAACAGAGCUGCACUGCAACAAAAAUUCAGGUUGCUGUCCCUCAUGCCAUUGUGAACCUGUGAGUGGCUGUGUUUUGAAUGGCACUGUUAUUGGGGUAAGGCCAUAGCAAUCAGCUGUUUAAAUUGUCUUUGUCUUGUGAAUUAAGGGAUAUUUUGUUAAACUGUUUCUGUCCUGGAUACCACCAUUUUUGGAGAAGAAAAGAGAAUCUACUCUUGCUCUUUACCUGUGAAUUAUAGGCCCCAUUCUUCCUGAGGUGGUAAAUCUCUGUCUGAGAUAUAUGACUUUAGACUUCAUGAAUCAAUUGACUGAAUGCUUGCCCAUACAAAAACAUUUAUCCCAUAGAAAACCCAAUGACAGGGAGAAGGCUUAGGAACUUAGGAAGGUACCUGAUACGGGUUCAGUCCUUUGGUCCGUUUAGUCCACUAUUGUCUACAGUGACCAGCAGCAAUGAAUUGCCAGGAUUUCCAAGAACGUGCCCCUUACUUCAUGGAGAAGUGCUUUUUGCAUCCAAAGCAUGAGUUUGGUCAAUGCAUAAUAGCCAAUCCCUUAAUGUCUCCAUGACAAGAAGUUUAAUACCACCUAGACACAAUGAAUGCUUUUUAGUAUAAUCAGCGUCAAGGUUGUAAAUGAAAUGGAAGCAGGCAUCUUCUUCCAAAGGUUUAAUCAUUGUCCUCCAUGGACACAUUUGUAUCCUUUCUCGAUAUAUUUUCUUAUCAGGCCCUCCAUUACAAUGCUUUGGUUCUAAAUUGAUGCUUUAGAGCAGGGGUGGGAAAUCUUGGGCCUGGGGCAAAAUUUCUCGCCAUCCCCCAGGUUCCCAAGCCAGAUUUCUGGGGUAUUAUGCCCCUCUCUCCUGGCCAGCCACUGGAUUUUUAGUGGUUUCCCAGAUUUUGAGCAGUUUUUCUCCCCAUGCUAAAUGGUUGAAAUACUUCUUGUAAGGGUUAUAUACUGGCAGUAAGAGCUGCAGACUCUCCUUCCUGGCCCCCACUGACUUAUCAAUUGAAUGGUUUCAUGUUCAGAGUUUUCUGUUGCAAUUGUAUUACUGGAGCCAUUUUUUCCCCUUAAUCCCUUUACAUUUCCACCUCGUAUCCAGUUACCAGCUUUAUCCUCUCAUACUUUGGUUUAACUGCAUUCAUUUCACAGCACUUUAAACUUCCAACCAGGUGGCUUGACUUACCAAAUGGAAUCAUCUUGCAAAAGUCAUCUGGUUUCCCAGGCUUUUAUUGAGCAGAGUGCUUAAGGAAGACACAGACACUCUUUGCCUUGAUAUAGACUUUUAUGUGUUGCAUCAGCAAGCAGUGUAUGAGCAGAUGUUGAUGGGGGCCUUAUAAGGUUUGCAUUCAGCAUUUCAUAGGUGCAUUUGGCAACCCCCCAAACUUUUAAAAAUGUUUAUUAAAUGUUUGCCCAUUCCCUCACAGUAAUCUACUUGUUAAUGUGGUUUUACUGUCUAUGACCGAUCCCAUUGAAUACUGUAUAAUCUUUUGUUCCAGAUGGAAAGUUUCCCAAACAUGGGUAAUUAGUGAUACCUAGAUAUUUGAUUCUGACUUACUUUUAGUAUAGAUAAUGCAAACCUUUGUUUUUUGUUUUUGUUUUAACAUGUUUCCAAUUUAAAUAAUGGAAAACUGUUGGAUAUGGCCAUAUGAAAGCUAUUCACAACAAACUAGGAUGCAGACAGUUGACAUUUUCAGUGGUAAUUUGGGCUACUGAAUUAGGAAAGGGGUCUCCAUUAAAAAAUGUUAUAAUAUCCCACUUUCUCUACAGCCAAGAAAUCCCAUCUAUGUGCUCCCUCUUAAGCAUAGAAUUGUGCACCUAAGUGAAGGACUUUAGGAUCCCAAGAGCCUAGUGAAGGCUUGUACUGGGGUGAUUGACAUGUCUUUUUCAUGGUUGCAAAAGUUGUUGCAUUCAAAUUCAACUGGUGGCUUGUAACCCACAUAAAAAAUGGAAGAUGGGAUUGAAAA